UCUAUCUCUUUCUUUCACCCUGUCUCUUUCUCUCUCUCUCUCUCUCUCUUUCUCUCUCUCUCUCUUUCAUCUCUCCUUCCUUUCUCUCUUAUCCUCCCCUCACUCUCUCUUCUCCAGACCCACUGUCUCAGUUUCAUCUUGUGGAUAUACUGUCUAAGGACGGAGGAGAGGAGAAAAGGAUUGGAGAGAAAGUAUCUGCUGAAUGGGCAUGGAAGACCAAGAGACUGAGCUGCCGAUGGACCGGGAAAUCUGCUUCGAUCCGCUGUUCAUCGACGAGGAAGAUAAGUGUGGGGACGAUGGUGUUGAAGAGGAGACAGGCGCUUUAUUCCCACCUCUACUGGGAGAUACCAGAACAGACACAGUCCUGACGGGCUCAGCUCACAGUCAGUCCUCCCUAUCGGAUACCUGCAGAGAGACACACCUGGAUGAGACACGAGCCCAGUUCAAGGACAUGGACACCAUGUUUGGAAGUCGUGUCGGAGAAACGACAGACUCGUUUGGGUCUCAGCUGUCGACGACCCAAAUGAACACACACCUCAGUGGGGUAGGACAGAUCCAGCCACACCUUAGUGGGUUAGGACAGAUCCAGCCACACCUUAGUGGUUUAGGACAGAUCCAGCCACACCUUAGUGGGUUAGGACAGAUCCAGCCACACCUUAGUGGGUUAAGACAGAUCCAGCCACACCUUAGUGGGUUAGGACAGAUCCAGCCACACCUUAGUGGGGUAGGACAGAUCCAGCCACACCUUAGUGGGUUAGGACAGAUCCAGCCACACCUUAGUGGGUUAGGACAGAACCAGCCACACCAUAAUGGGUUAGGACAGAUCCAGCCACACCUUAGUGGGUUAGGACAGAUCCAGCCACACCUUAGUGGGUUAGGACAGAUCCAGCCACACCAGAGUGGGUUAGGACAGAUCCAGCCACACCUUAGUGGGUUAGGACAGAUCCAGCCACACCUUAGUGGGUUAGGACAGAUCCAGCCACACCUUAGUGGGGUAGGACAGAUCCAGCCACAUCUUAGUGGGUUAGGACAGAUCCAGCCACACCUUAGUGGGUUAGGACAGAUCCAGCCACACCUUACUGGGUUAGGACAGAUUCAACCACACCUUAGUGGGUUAGGACAGAUUCAACCACACCUGAGGGAGAUGGAUGACCUAUUGAAGAGUUGUGAGGACAUGACAGGUGUCUCCAUCGCCUCCUGCCUGUCCACCAUGUACACAGACACACACCUGUCUGGACCAGCUCAGAACCAGAACCAGUCAGACAUACAGAAGAUGGUUGCUAUGAUGGGGAGCAGUGGUGGUAAUGAGUGUCACACAGGUGGAUCCAUCCUGACCGACACAGACACACACGUGGAGGAGUCUAGGAACCAUUGCCAAAGUCACCUGAAGGAGGUGGAAUCCAUUUUGGAUCAGAGUGGAGCCACAGGAGCCGCUGUCCAGCCUCAGUUGCCUCCUCUUACCGCCGCAGGCACUCAGCUGAGUGGCACUAUGGCUGAGUAUCAGACCGAGCUAAUGGCGAUGCUGGCCAUGUUAGAGAACUGUAUGGAGGAGGCAGGAAUUACCUUUGACCCUUUAGAGUGGACUUACCCCAGUUUACCCAAAGGAUACGGCCAACCCAACCCCAACAUGAAAAAGGUAACACAAGACAGACACAUGGAGAGAGGAGUGGCAACACAAGGACACGAGGAGUCUGUGGGACGUGUGGAUAUGAAGCCAUAUUUGGGAAGUACCUUUGGCCAAUUUGAGCCCCCAAGCUACCAAGCUAUCUCCACAGAGAGAUACUCGGAUGAGUUAGGAGACUGUGGAGAUACACACACAAGAGGGUCCAUGUCCACGGUGAUGUGUGACGAGGACACAGAAGGACAUGUCUCCGGUGUUUCUGUGGGGGACACAGAGGCUCACAUUAUCUGGGGUCAACAACUAGAGACAGGGCUGGGAGGGGUGGAGAUGAGGGGAUCCGUGCAGGAGUUGGAGGUGUUGGGUACUGCGCUAGAGGGGUGCAUCGAGGAGGUGGAGAAACUGGAGAAGAGACGGAAUGAACUGAUGGGAGAGCUGCAGGCACUGAGAGAGGAGAAGACGGGGACAGAGGAAGGGAGUGAAGGAGGGCAGGCGGCACAGUUAAGCCAGGUGCUGAAUAUUGAGGCAGACGGGAGGAGGGAGGCGCGGAUGAGGGAGUGGCAGUCUUUGAGGGCUGAGAGGAGUGAGGAGGAGAUGAGGCUGUCCAGUGUGCGUCUGGAGAGGCAGGGUCUUCAGGAGGACAUGAGGAGGCUGAAGAGGAAGCUGUUCUCUGUCGCCAGGGAGUGUGCUCACAACCAGGUCACCCUGGCAACCCAGCAGCGUGACGUUGCCCAGCUAAACAAAGAACAGCUGGAACUUGACGCACUGAUCAUCAAGCUGACUGAGGAGGUGUCUCAGCUCCGCUCCACCCACCAGUCCCAGCUCUCCACUCUGCAGUCCCAGCUCUCCACUCUGCAGUCCCAGCUCCAGACCCACAGCCAGACACCCAACCCCAUAGAGGAGAUGACCCAGAGCAGGAGGAACUCCUGUGGGGAGUUACAGCAGUACCUGCAGGGGGGGCUUAAAGCCCUGGAGGAAAGGUAUGAGCCAAUGCUGCUGGCCCUGUUGAAGCGGAGGGAGGGGACGUCAGAGGCCCUGGUGAAGGCCAGGCAGCAGGCCCAGGAGCUGAGGGCCCGCCGGGGGCCCCUGAGGGAGGAGGGACAGAGGCUGGGGCUGCAGAGAGCCUGCCUGGAGGAGAGACUCAAACUGACGAAGACACACAGGAGAGAGGACGUAGAGCAGUAUAAGGAGACAGUGGACAGGCUGGAGGAGACGAGCAGAGAGCAGAAGAUGGAGCUACACAUUCAGAAGAGGAAAACCAAGGAGAUGGAGCAACUGAGAGACAGUCUUACGAAAGAAGUCUACCUGUACAGAGGCAUCGUCGAGGACCAUAACAAGAAUGAUCUAAACAGUGUGAGGGAGAAAACAUGACCACUGGGACUAAUAGAAGUCAAAUAUAAUAUGACUGUACAUAUCAUUAAGAACACCUUCCUAUUAUUGCUUUGCAGUUCUUGACACAAACCAGUGCGCCUGGCACCUACUACCACACUCUGUUCAAAGCCAGUUGUCUUGUCCAUUCAUCCUCCGAGUGACACACAUUCACAAUCCAUGUCUCAAUUGUCUCAAGGCUUAAAACUCCUUCUUUAACCCAUCUCCUCCCCUUUAAUCUACAUGUCUCCUCCCCUUUAAUCUACAUGUCCCCUCCCCUUUCAUCGACAUGUCCCCUCCCCUUUCAUCUACAUGUCUCCUCCCCUUUCAUAUACAUGUCUCCUCCCCUUUCAUCUAUAUCUCUCCUCCCCUUUCAUCUACAUGUCUCCUCCCCUUUUAUCUACGUGUCUCCUCCCCUUUCAUCUACAUGUCUGCUCCCCUUUCAUCUACAUGUCUCCUCCCCUGUCAUCUACAUGUCUCCUCCCCUUUCAUCUACACUGAUUGAAGUGGAUUUAACAAGUGACAUCAAUAAGGGAACAUAGCUUUCACAUGGUCAGUUUAUGUCAUGGAAAGAGCAGGUGUUCUUAAUGUUUUGUCCACUCAGUGUAAGUCAGUUUUAGGUAACGAGACUAACUGCCCUUUGUCUGUACACAGUCACUUCUAAUAUAACCUUCUUUACAAAUAGACUUUUCAGAUGCAUGUGAGAGUAUUAUCUGGAACGAUAAGAGAUAAGAGAGAGACAUUGAAAAUGUAACGUUUUUUAAACCAGGGAAAAAAGAAAGAUGACUGUUUAGUACACUGGCAGCUGAAACCUGAGUUACCAAUCAGGUUUGGAAAGCGGUCUCUUUAAACACCAAAAUCUCAACAACAUCAUUAUCGUUCUAUAUUUAGACAUUGUUAAACAUCUGUAGAGCAGAAGGUUCUGGAACAGUCUGAAGAUAGAUGUGAUUUUUGUAUUCUUUAUAGAGAGCAUUGCGGUCAUGAAUAAAACAUUUAAAAAAGG